AUGGAAAAAAAAGAAAUUAAACAUUUACAUGAAAAAAUAAAAAAAACUAAUUUAGAAAAUGAAAAUAAAAUAACAAAUGUUAAUAAUUUAUAUCUUCAAGAUACAAUAAUAAUAAUUAUUCUAAGGGAUAUUAUUGAUUAUUUAAUUUCAAAUAAAGUUAAAUAUAAAAAUAAAAAUUAUUCAAUAAAAAGAUAUUAUUUAUAUAAAAAUGAAAUUAUAUAUUAUUCAUUAGUUUCAAAUAAAUGGUUUAAUAUAAUAUCAACAAUAAUAACAAAUAAUUUAAUUGAAAAUAGAGGAAUUGAUAAAUCAUUAUUAAUAUUAAAUGAAUUUAUUGAUUCUUUUAAUAGUAAUAAUAAUAAUAAUAAUAAUAAUAUCAAUCCAAAUGAAUUUGAUAAAAUUAUAAUAAACAUAUCAAAUUCUGUUUUACCAGAUAAUGAAGAAGUAAUUAAAUAUUUAUCAAAUCCAAAUUUUAAAUAUAAACUAAAUAAUGAAAAUGUUGAAAUUAAUAUAAAUAAAAUAUUUAUUGAUGAAGAGAAUCAAGUUUUUUCAAAUUUAAAUGAAAAUAUUGCAUUAGAUAAUAAAAUGAAUGUUAAUAAAUUAAAUAUAGUUGGUUGUAGAGAAUAUGAUUUCGAUGAUGAUGACGAUGAUGAAACUAGUGAAUUAUAUGAAAAUGAAUUCAAUGAAUUAAAGAAACUAUUACUAUACUUAAAUCCAAAACAUUUAAAAUAUUCACCAAAUAGUUGUUAUCCUGGUUCUGAAAGAUUUUAUCAUUGUGAUUAUUCUUGUUUAUUUAAUCCAGAUAUAAUAAUUCGUAAUUUCAAUUUCUAUUGA